AUGGCUGACACGAAGCGCCCUCGCGUCUUCUUCGACAUCGCCAUCGGCGGCGUGAAAGCCGGCCGUGUUGCUUUCGAGCUCUACAGCGACAUCGUCCCCAAGACCGCCGAGAACUUCCGCGCACUAUGUACCGGCGAGAAAGGCGAAGGCGCAUCCGGCAAGCCGCUGCACUACAAGAACUCGGGCUUCCACCGCGUCAUCAAGGGCUUCAUGAUUCAAGGCGGUGACUUCACACAGGGCAAUGGCACAGGGGGUGAGAGUAUAUAUGGGGAGAAGUUUGAAGACGAGAACUUCGAGAAGGUCCACGACAAGCCGUUCUUGCUUAGUAUGGCGAAUGCCGGCCCAGGAACAAACGGCUCCCAGUUCUUCGUAACCACGGUCCCCACACCGCAUCUCGACAAGAAGCACGUUGUUUUCGGCGAGGUCAUCAACGGCAAGAGCAUCGUGCGCCAGAUUGAGAACCUCAAGACGCAGAGCGGCGACAAGCCAUUCCACGACGCGACCAUCAUUGACUGCGGCGAGCUCACCGGCGAAGACUACGACAAAGCGACAGAAAAGAUCUCGGACGCAACAGGCGACCCCUACGAAGACUUCCCCGAAGACCAAAAGGCCAGCAGCGACGAUGAGUGGAAAGGCGAGGAGAUACUCGAAAUCGCUACCAAGCUAAAAGACAUGGGCAACGACGCGUUCAAGAAGGGCGACCUCAAACUAGGCAUUACCAAAUACUCAAAAGGUAUCCGCUACCUCCACGAGUACCCCGCCCCUCUCGACGACGACCCCGCAGACCUCUGGCCCAAACUUCAGGCCCUGAAGAUCUCCCUCUACUCCAACAGCGCGCUGUUGCAGAACAAGACGGGUGCAUAUAGUGACGCGGCGGAGAGCGCGACCAAGGCGCUGGACAUUGAGGGCAUCACGGAUAAAGACAAGGCAAAGGCGCUCUUCAGGCGAGCGCAGGCUAAGGCGGGCAAGAAGAACGAGGACGAGGCGUUGGCGGAUCUGAAUGCGGCGCUCAAGCUUGCGCCGGGCGAUGCGGCAAUUGUCAAGGAGUUGGAUGUUGUCAAGAAGAGGGUGCAGGCGCGGAAGGAGAAGGAGAAGAAGGUCUAUCAGAAUGCCUUCAACUUCGAUUAG